AGCAGCUGCCGCAGUGGACCCCCUGCACCCACAGCACACCUGCAACCAUAGCACACCUGCACCAACAGCACACCUGCACCUACAUCACACCUGAUUACCUAUCUCAGAUCAGGUGCCGGAGGAAGCACAGUAGAGUUCGGUAGCGCAGCUGUCCAGCGUCAGGUGUCCAGCGUCAGGUGUCCAGGUCGUCCAACAUGAUCAAGCGCAGUCUUCUCAUCAUUGUCCUGGCGGUCGUGUCCGCCGCCUUGAUGGUCCAGAAGGACGCCUGUGAUCCUGACUGUACUGGGAAAACUGUUGGAGAUCUAGUCCCUGACCCCAUGAACUGCACCACCUAUUACAUCUGUCUGGGGGACGGUAUACCUACAGACCACUCUGUGCCCUGCCCGGACGGUCAAUAUUUUAACCCAGGUAAACCAGGAUGUGACGACAUGCCUCCGGACGGUUGUCAAGCCGCCUGUCAGCCUCCAGACUGCUCCAUCACCUGCAAAGGCUCCUUCACCUUCAUCCGUGAUCCAUUCGACUGUGGAACAUACUAUAUUUGUAUUGCUGGUCAACCAGCACAGACACUUCACUGUAACACAGGCACCUUCUUCAACGGUGAGACCUGCGUCAGUGACAAGGAAGUUUGCUGCACAGUCUCGUGUGAUCCGUACUGUCACCCUGGGAUCGUGCAGACCCCAGACCCCACAGACUGCACCAAGUACUACAUAUGCACUCAGACAGGACCAGUGAACCCAAGCUUCCACUAUACUUGUGAUAGCGAACAAUACUUUGACUAUAAAAUUGGUCGAUGUGCCUCAGGUACUUCCUGUAAAAACCUCUGCUCUGAAGGAUUGUCUACAACACCACCAAACUCAGCAGAAGCAACCAGAACUCCACAAACCACUCCACCAAGCACCGACUGAGUAGAUUUGCGUACCUGCGGGGCUUUAGGCAACUUCCCAAUGUGCGGCUCAAGUCAGCAGGAAUUUUUCUAGUGUACGGCCGCGGGUGCUCAAGGUGUCUCCAACAAGUGCUCGGGAAACUUAGUGUUCAACACCGACCCUGACUACCCUUACUGUGUUCUUCCCACCAACUAUCCUUAUAACCCCUAACCCAUGCCUAUCUUCUUCUGGCCAGCUCCCCAUAACUGUUCCUUGCCUCUAUGACCAUCAACAUCCUGGCCUGCUCCUACAACCAUCACUGUGGCAUUGUUUUGACUUGCUUCCCAUCCUCUUUCCUACCAGCACUAUCCCCCUUAUAUUCUCUAUAAUAUACAACCACUACCGCCGUCCUUACAGCCAGCCCACCAUAAUACAGACACGGGUGUGAGGUUGGACUUAGCACCUAUAAACCAAUGAAGUGUUAUUAAGGCAACAACAGCUUGCUGACCAACUUGCAAGACUACAUUAGUCCUGAAUAUAGUCCAGGACCUAAAUUAUUGAUUGAUGUAGAUUAAGCCACCUAAGAGGUGGCACGAACAUGAAUAACCCGUAAGUGGUAGAUUUGUUUGGAGUGAAUGUAAUCUUUGGUCAUGAACGGACCUAAAUAAACUCUCAAGUGUAUAUAUAAACUCAGAAGCAGGUUACACCUCUCUGUAUUUUGACACUUACUAUACUGAUAUUCAUUAAAAUUAAUAUCUGUCAGUGACAUGCGGGUCGGAACAAGUCCGUGUAAGAAAGAUCUACGAAGCAUGUAUUAAAUAUAUAUGCAUAACUUAUUGUUAAAACUUAGCCACAUUAGGUAAGAAUAUAUUUUGCAGAGAGUAUAACGGCGAGUUCAUCCUGUGAUAUAACCAUCUUUUGCUUGCUAACUGAUAACACCAUGUCUUAUCAUUUUCGCCUGACAUUUACCUUAUAUUACCUUCAAGAAAGAUGUUCUAACAUAACUUAAAGUUUGUGUCUUGUAAGGUUGCUUUUAGUAGAAGUUUUGAAGAAUGUUUAACAAAACUAUACAAAUGAGUUUAUUCACUAUAAAGUCCAAUAAAUCA